AUGUCGACCAAAGUCACCGUCACCGUCGAGGUCACGCACGAAGUGGCGGAGCGUAUCAAAACUGACAAUUGUCCGCCACACCUUAUGCAGCCUCUCCUCGCCUCGCUUCGCAAGGACCUGGUUGCCGCAAUCAAGGGCACUUCGGACAUCGUGCUACGAAUCAACAACGGCGAGAGCAAGAGCGUCACCGAGUCAACUCCCACCGGUGGAACAAAGCACACUACCGUCCGCCCAUCAGCACCGGCAUCAAAUGGUACCUACGAGAUCAAAAUCCAAGAGACCCACAACGUGACAGAUGAAGAUGGAUUAGACUGGACGGUCGAGGUCAAUAACCGAAUGACUGUGCAGCGCCUGAAGCAGGCCCUUCAAGACGACUACAUUGGGGAUGUCCGCCUCUUUGUCGACUACUUAGAAUUCUAUAGUAUCGAGAUGGACGAUCGGAAGACUCUAGGACAUUACAAGCUGGUGGCGGACAGCGUGGUUAAGAUGACCAUUGAUGUGCAUGAGGUCUAUGCAUAA